AUGUCCGCAGCUAUCGAUACAACGGUGUCAAAAGACACGGUUAAGAAAUGCACUUCCAAAUUGAGAAGUCACGUUUGGGACAAUUUCACAAAAGUAGACGCAGUGACUGCUCGAUGCCAAUCUCACCCUCUAACAAAACGCCACAGUAAAAAAUCGGAAAGUGAUCAAGAUGAUCCUUCGGAAAAUGCAGAAAUGCAAAAGAACGCUCUAGUACCUAUUAAGUCAGUUAACAGUCAACAAAUUGAUAAUGUCUUUCGACAAAUCCACUCAUUCGCAGAUGGAGGAGCAUCGUCCGAAAAAAUUACCAACGUCGUACUAUAUAUGCUGGCAAUCGACAAUUGUCCCUUGUCCACCGUCGAAAACGAAGGAUUUUGCACUCUUAUGAAGACGAUAGUUCCGCGGUACAAAAUCCCAUCAAGACGCACUAUUACUCGUUACAUGGACGAUAAGUAUGAACAUUUGCAUAACAUGUUCAAAUGCGAGAUUGCUCAAGUUACUGUGAAGAGUGGAUGCUUAGGCGUAUUGCCGUUAGACGAAAGCCACACGGCACAGUAUCUUUCACAAAUUCUUGUUGAGGGAUUUCAAUUCUUUGGAAUCAAUCGAGAAACCGUGACAGCGAUCGUAACUGAUAAUGGCGCGAACAUUAAAAAAGCAGCAAUCGAUUGUUUUGGUGCUUCCAAACAUCUUGAGUGUUUUGCUCACGCUGUGUCGCAUAUUGUGCCCGAUGCCGUAAGUGCUACGCCUGAGGUUGAACAAGCAAUCGCAAAAGUAAAAGUUAUUGUCACACUAACGAAACGUAGCGUCGUCGUUUCGGACGAAUUACGGCGUCUGCAAAAACGGGAUGGAAAAACGGAAGCCACACUUCUCAAAUUUAAACAAGACGUUCCUACGAGGUGGAAUUCGACUUUGAUUAUGAUUGAGCGAUUUCUGGAGCUUCACGAAUACGUAUAUCCGAUAUCUCUUAAGUGCAAAGGGUCCGUAGAAAUACCUAGGCGCGAAGAACUCGAUUUAUUGCGGGAUAUAGUUUUAGUUUUUAAACCUGUGGAAAAUGUAAUAACCGAGUACAGCGGAGAUACAUAUGUCACAUCGAGUUUGAUAAUUCCAAUUAUCCGUUGUAUGAUGAUUGCUAUCAAGGCACGCAGUCCGUGCACUAAAAUAGGGCAACAGUUCCAAGAAAAACUUUUAUCGGAAUCAUAUCGUCGAUUUAAAGAUUAUGAGUCUCGCGAACUGCUUGCGAUUUCGACCAUUCUUGACCCGCGAUUUAAGAAGCUGCAUUUUCAAAAGCCUCUUCUCGCCGCGACUGCAAUCACGAAGAUCAAUGCAAUUAUUAAACAUCCAAGCAAAGGUCCUACCAUGCAAGUGAUGGAAGGAUGA